UGCUACAGCUGAGCUCGCAAUAAAAAUAAAUAUCGAAUUUGUGUUUGUGUGUUGCUGGGCCAAGGAGUGAUUUGUAAUGUUUUUCCGCUGUCUAUAAACAAGUAAAGCCUCCGAAGAUGACCGCCAGACGAGAGCGACGCAGCGUCAACGAAUGCAUCUACAAUUUCCCGUACUAUGGGCACCAGGCGCAAUCGAAUCUGCAGGCCAGCUGCAAGAAUUCGCUGGACUUUGUGCAGCGCUUGAGCCUGAUGAAAACGCUGAACGUGCACAGCGGAUGCGUGAACACGGUCAAUUGGAAUGCGAGCGGCACAUUGUUCGUAUCCGGAUCGGAUGAUAACUAUUUGGUGGUGACCGAGGCCAAGCGCGGACGUGUGGUGGCCAGGACCAAGACACAGCACAAGCGUCAUAUAUUCAGUGCACGCUUUAUGCCCUUCACCAAUGACCAGGCGAUUGUGUCGUGCUCCGGCGAGGGCAUUGUUCUGCAUACCGAAUUCCUGGCACCCUACGGGCCCGGCCGCACCUCCGAGGAGGUGAACAUCGGCGAGUCGGGUCGUCAGGCCAGCUUCUUUGACUGUCAUGCCUUUGGCAGCACCUACGAUGUCCUGCCCAUACCGGACACUCCUCGGGUCUUUCUCAGCUGUGGCGAAGACGGCACCGUGCGUUGCAUCGAUUUGCGUGUGAGCAGCCGCUGUGCGGAGUCCGUGUGCGAUAAACAUAUCUAUAUAACCGCACCGUGUGCCAUUACGGCCAUGGAUGUGGCACCGAUUAGCCACCAUAAGCUGGUCAUCGGUUGCUCGGACUCGAUUGUGAGGCUCUAUGAUCGCCGCAUGCUCUCGGCUGGCUCGGAUCGCGAUCGCAUCACCUGGCCGCUGAAGGCCUAUCCGAUACCCAUGAAAUAUACACGUCGUCACUAUCGUCCCACCUGUGUCAAGUAUAGCGCCGACGAAUCAGAGCUGCUUGUCAGCUACUCGAUGGAACAGUUAUACCUAUUUGAUUUGAAUCAUCCGGGCUAUAAUGAUGCCGAUUUGUUACGCAGUGGCUGCUAUACACCAAAAUUGCGGCGCGACAAUGAUCCAGAGCCGCAAAUGCCGCGAUUGCGUUUCCGGGGCGAUUGGUCCGAUACGGGACCAAAUUCCAUGGCCAAUAUUGACCACGAUCCGAAUCGUUUGAAUGUGGGCCAGGCACGCCCACCCCUGGUGCCCAGUGUGCUCCGUCGUCUGAGCGAUGAAAUCAUUCGCAUGCUCAAUUCUCAAACAAAUCAAAUACACGCCAUCAAUCCAGCCAGCCGGAGCAGUAGCUCCAGCUCGCGCUCACAUCACAUGUCCUGGCAGGAUGCCGUCUUGCGCACACUAGACAACCAGAGCGAGUCGGCAACAAGCCGCACCAACAGCCUGCGACUCGUUGCAGCCAAUGAAAUCACCCAGGCGGCAAUGGCCGCCAAUAACAACGCCUCAGCUAUCGAUGCCGUUGAGAAGCGCGAUGCUGUAAUGGAGGCUGCCGAGGAGGGUAAGGAGCGUCAGCUGAAUAAGUUUGACUACAUCAAAAUGUCGUUUAGCGGCCAUCGCAAUUCGCGCACCAUGGUGAAGGGCGCUUGCUUCUGGGGCGACGAUUACAUCAUGUCCGGCUCGGAUUGUGGCCACAUAUUCAUCUGGCAACGUCACACUGGGAAGGUGGUCAAGACAUUGCUGGCCGAUCAUCGUGUGGUGAAUCGUGUCCAGCCGCAUCCGACUCUGCCCUAUUUGCUCAGCUCGGGCAUUGAUUACAAUAUCAAGCUGUGGGCGCCAAUUGGAGCAAUUUCAACAUUUGAUGAAGCUGAAACAACAGCAUUAAUCAAGAGCAAUGAAAUCAUGCUGGUGGAGACACGCGACACCAUAACGGUACCUGCCCAGGUCAUGAUACGCAUUUUGGCCGGCUUGCGUCAAUAUCAUCGGAUUCGCCAUGCAUCCGGAACCCGUGGUCUGGGCGUCGAUAGCAGGCGUAGCCGCAACGAAACUCUUCGAGCCAUCGAGGCGAGCGCCGUUGUUGCUGCACAGGAAGCCCGGCGUCAUAGUAAUGCUCAGCGUAUUGCCGAUAAUAACAAUGUUAAUGAGGAUGCCAAUGUGGCGGAAGAUGAGGCUAACAACGAGGGCAAUGAUAAUGAGAAUGUCAGUGAUGCUAGCAAUACCAAUGAGGACACCACCAUCAGCAUCAUCAGCGCCAGCAACAGCAGCAGCAGCAGCAGCGUAAAUAACUCAAAUACAAACUAAAGAAAUCUUGUCAAUGAGAAAACUAUA